UGAAAGGAAAGGAUUAUGGAGUCAGAAGGGCGCAAAAAAUCAAACAUGGCUAAGACUUAUCAAGACAUGGAACUGCCUGAAUGCUUUCAUGCGUCGACAGAAGCAUCGCUCCAAAGAUUUACACGUGGACAAAGUUCAAUGGUUAAUCUCCAUAAACUUCUUAAGGACCAUGCAAAAAUGGAGAAGAAAGUUGGCCAAAUCUACGAUGAGUUUGUAGUAAAGUGGAAGGACAGAGCCCUUGCCCAAAUUGGAAGCAACCUGGCUUAUGAUGAAGUCAAUUCUCUCAUGAAAAUCUGGAUGGCCACUUACAAGGAGAAGCAAGACUUGCACAACAAAUUAUUAGACACCAUGUAUGCCCAAGACGGCCCUCUCAGGAACCUUCAAGACUACAUCAACUCAGAAGAGGUUAUUGCUAAAAGGAAGGCUAUUCAGUUUCUGUAUGAGAGGGCAAGGAAGAGCCAGGUCAAGGUGGAGAAGGAGAUUGACCAGCUGAAAGAGGACUUUUUCCUGACCAAGGACAAGAUGGUUCACUUCAAGCCUCAGAUGGAUGCAGCCCAAAUUCGCCAGGACCCUCACACAAACUUUAGGGAACUCUUGGCUCACUGGAGGAAACUGGAGGCUGACGUUGAUGGGGCUAAGACGUCCUACAGACAAAAACUGCAAAAGGAAAAAUCUACACGAACGACUUUCAUAGAAGAUAUGAAAAGAUACCAGAAUGAUUCUGAUGCUUACGAGAGGGCUAGGCUUCAAAAGCUGCAGGAUGUGAUGACUGCGAUGAUGCAAUGCAGUAAAACAGUUGAAACCCAGAGGCAUGAGAUAUUGGAGCCCUUGUUUGAAGAAGGAAUCUCCUGCCUUGACCAGUACAACAUGCAGAAAGAAAUUGACCUCUACAAUGUGUUCUAUCUGUAUCAACACAAGUUUCCCAAGGAAGAGCCUCACCCAUCUGAAAUGCCGUCCAAGAAGGCCGAGGAUGAUGAGUCAUUGCAGAAGACACCUAAAGUGGACCCAUCUGUAGAGUUAGACAUUGUGUAAGUUCCCUUUCACUAU